GUGGCGCUGGUGGAGGGAGCAGAAGGUGGAUGGCUAAUGCUACAGUGUGUAUUUGCAGCUCUGAAUAAGGGUGUGUGGCGCUGGUGGAGGGAGCAGAAGGUGGAUGCACGGACCAUCAAACGAAUCCAGGAGCUCCAGCCUCCUGCUGCAGACGUAUUUCUAUCGGACGUCAACCUGGCCACCAAGUCUGCCACGGAGCUGUCCUUCAUGCUCUUAGACGUAGCCAAGGCACUAGGCUGCAACAAAGCUAUGAGUCUGGCCUUUAAGUUCGUAACGGUAGGGCUGCAGAACCUUAACCAAGCAUUCCAGGAGCGCACCAAGGAAGCCAGGAAGCUUCUGGCACAGGUGGAGGAGCUGCAGUCUAUGGACUGUCGCUUCCAGCUGGCCCAGAUAAAGAUCCAAGUGGGAGACAGUCAGAUCAAGAUGACCAAGAUGGAGGAUGAGCUUUCGUCAGUCAAGGAGCAGAACAAUAUUCUACUGUUACAGAUCCAACAGAUGCAGGAGACCCCGAAACAUCCACGGCCGAAACAGCAGAUAGUGGUCGUUGCUCCCACAAAAUACGUACAGGGAGCGCCAGUUCUCAACAAUCAGCUGGUUCCGCAACCAACUCCCAAGCUUAAGUACUCCAAAUGGAGGCCGAAACCAAAGCCGGAGCCAGGCCAGCCUGUUGGCGAAGAAGUGGAAGAAGUGGAGUCUCUGGAAGACAUCUCAGUGGAUCCAGAAGACAUCAUCGAGCAGGUGGAGAGGAAGAGCAUGGAUCUUCUGGAGGCCAUCCAGAAUUCUGAGCAGUGUGUGGUGUCAAUUUCUGGUGACAAGGACAAGGGGAAAGAUGGUGAGCUGCUAGAAGGGAUGGAUGUUGCUAGCAGAAAAGCUAAGGCAGCUGAUAUCAUCAAGCUGUACUGCAAUCUACAGAGGUCCAUCAGAGACUCUUUUAAUGACAUGAUCACGCAGCUACAGGGGAAGUUUGACGAUGACAUCAUAGACGUGCCGCUCAUGGACAACGACAACAAACUGGACGAAUCAGCGUUCUGGGACUCAGCCCAGAGAACCCCAGGAGACACGCUGAAGGAGAUCAGCAAUGAGAUACAGAACCAGGACUGCAUGGUGAAGGAUGUGGGAGCAAACAAACAAGCGCUCUUUGACUUGGAAGGUAAGAAGACUUUGUCAAACGUCAAGGGAAAGAGUCGUCACCACUCCCUGAACAUCAUCAUGGACCAGUUCAAGAACCUCAACGAGAUGGGCAAGAAGCAGGUGGCAGAGAAGCAGAGGAGACCCAGAAGAUGUUCUAUCCUCGUGCAGAAGACCCAGAAACGCAUCCCCGUGAAGAUGGCCGAGUCCAGGUCGUGGACAGACCAUGUGGAACGCUACAGCUCAGACAUGACGUUGGAGGCGGACACGUUGAUGAAGACUCGCAUGGUGGGAGUGAACCACAUCUUCCACGUGGAAUCCCAGAGGUCCAACUUGAAGCUGCUCCACCAGGCUGUGGUGAACAGGCAUAUCUCCCCACAGCUCUACCGCAUGCUGAAGGACAUAAUCAUCCAGACACUGAGCAGUGUGGAGAACAGACUACUCUGUCUUAUCAGGAGGUUCAUAAAGCACAAAGCUCUGCAGCACGUCAGAAACAAUCUGAAUGCUAGACUGCUCUUGGCACGUGACAUGAGCGAUGGACAGGCGGCCAAGGACUUGUUCGAGUCCCUAGAAAGACUGGACGUGCACCAAUCUACUAUGACGAGGCAUUGGUCUGAGAAGCAAACUUCCAUUGAACUGACACGGACCAGAUGCCUGGCGCACAUGCUCUACCUCUUCAGUCAGCUGAGAGUGGACUACAACUUGCAUCUGGCUGCUCCAGUCCCAUGCAACACCAGCCAGGAUCUGCCCCAUCCCAUCAUGACGGUGGUGCCUACCAAACUACAGUGGUCUCUGAGGCCCAGUCCCAGCUCCAAUCUUCCAUCAUCCCUGUCACUGGAACGUCUAGCCCCAUCUUCACCAUCCACACACCUAUACCCACCUACACACCUCGCUUCGCCUGCACAACCACACCCGUCGUCAUUGGCACACCAUCCCCCAUCUUCCCAGGUGCACUUACCCCCACCUUUACCUGAGACAUGCCCAUGGAGCAGUGUUCCCAGCGAAAAAGAUCAAGACAAGAUGAAGACUCUGUGGCAGGCAGACAAGACGAUGCGCUGUAUGUGGCUGGCCAGGAAGAUCCCAGCCGGGACCUCUAACAUCGGCUGUAUCCCACGCCUGCUGGAGAUGGACGUCAACCGAGGAAGAGUCAACGCAAUGCGCACCCUGCACGCUAGGAUGACUGGAGUGCUGAAUCAGAUGUUUCUGGAUGGAGCAGAUGAGGACAGUGAUGUGGAGUAGAUGUUUCACCCGCUAGAUGAAUAAAUCACCGUAUCACCACUGAC